ACUGCGCAAAAGCGGAAUUAUCAUCGUGAAGUUGUCUGCUCUUUGCUGUCGUGGUUGAGAUUUCUUUCGUAUUUUGUAGUUUGACUGACAGAAGAUAAGAUCAGUUACCAUCAUGUCUGGAGGUUUUGGUCAGGAAGAUGGCUUCUUCCAGGGAAAUUAUUAUGAGCAGCAGAGCACUGGCUACGAUAUGGGAGCACCAGCUCAGUUUGGACAGGAGCAACAGUUUGGCCAGUUUGACUACAACCAGCAGUACAACAAAGGCUACGCCAGUCCCCAGUACACUGGCUCCAUCAUGACUCCAUCAGCUACGUUCAACGAGACAACAUCGGACAACUUCGAUGAUGAACCCCCACUGAUGGAAGAGCUUGGGAUCAACUUCGACCACAUUAUACAGAAGACAACGGCCGUACUGAAUCCACUGAAGAACACGGACCAUGACAUCAUGCAGGACACUGAUCUGGCCGGACCACUCGUCUUCUGUCUGGCCUUUGGUGGCUUUCUCAUGUUGUCUGGAAAGCUGCAUUUCGGUUACAUCUACGGCAUCGGCGUGGUGGGCUGCGUGGCCAUGUAUGCUCUGCUGAACCUGAUGAGCUUGAUGGGGGUGACUAUCGGCUGCAUCAUCAGCGUCCUCGGUUACUGCCUCCUCCCCAUGGUCAUCCUCUCCUUCACCUCCAUCGUCAUCUCUCUGCAAGGCAUCCUGGGUACAAUUCUGACUGUCGUGACUGUGAUAUGGUGCUGUCUGUCUGCAUCAAAGCUGUUUGUGUCGGCGUUGGCGAUGGACCAGCAGCAGCUCCUGGUGGCCUACCCCUGCGCCCUGGUCUAUGGGGUCUUCGCCCUGCUCACCGUCUUCUGAACACAGUCGACACAACCAAUAUCACAACAGGGAAAUCCGUUUUCUUUGGACACUGAACAUGACGAUCACACGUCUGCAACAAUUUAAUUUAACUUGUCAUGGAACUUUUUUAUUUAUGAGAAUUAAUUGACUUUAUUUAGACAAGUAAUUGCCCCAAAUUUGUACAUUAAAUGGCUUGUCAGUGUUCUGGUAAACAUAAUCUAUGCAAAACAUUGUAAACUCACUACAGCAGUGUCGACAUGGGAUGUUUAUCUGCUGAUUAGUGUUACUUUUCUUAGCGAAGACGCAAACCAUGGUAGCAACUGGGCCUCUUAAUUUGUGUUAUAGAUGACUCGUCAGGGUUCGCUCAGCAUCACACAGAGUGUGUCCAACCUGUAGUCAGCAAUGCAUCAACAACGCUCGCGCAGGGAUUGUCUAAAUGUGUCUGAAUCAUGUCUUGAUAUUUUAAUAAAUAUAUUCAUCCUU